AUGCUCUCAAAGUCAAUGCGCAGUAUAAGUAGAAUAGAUAUGUUGGAGACGGUAGAUAAUAAGACAUUUUCAGGAGCAGCAGAAAUAGACAGAAGAAUGAACGUGAAGAUAAACAGCACUUUCGUCAGGGGAACAGAGGUAAGAUAUAUAGUGCUAUCAGACGAUGAAAUAGAGAAAGUGGCAAACAGUCUGCAGAGAGAACAUGCUGUAUAA